CACGUAUGUAGCAGUCGAUAACUUUAGCACAAAGUGGCAGCACCUGACAGACUGGUAGUCGGUCCGCGUUUUAGUAAAAGCAAUCAAAAGAGUGCCGUACACAUCUUAUUUGCAGUUGCCUGACGAGAAUCAAGAGAGAUACAUGCGUGGAGAUGUGUGUGUGAUUAAGUGCAUAUGUAUUGCACGUGAGAACAUAAAGUGAAUGCAAAGAGAGAGAAAGAGAGUGAGAGUGAGCACAUUGAGAGCGUAAGCGCAAUAGCAUCUAACAACAAGAGGAAAGAUAUUGUGACGUUCUUGCCGUUCACCCGUUAGUAUGACAGCAUUAACGUUGCUACUACGUGAGCUGUACGAUCUGUCGGAUGCAUUUUGGCACAAUAGAUUCAAUUUAUCCCGAAGUUUACAUUACUAUCGUACAAAGUGUCGGCUACAGUUGUUUCAUUUUCAUUGUCGCAAGCACUGGUUGCGUCACUAUAAGAGCAAUCCGCCGGUCAACAAUCAAAAAGAAGACAGCAUGCAACAUGCUAGGAACACAGACAUCGAUUUUGCAGCCAUUGAGGCGGGUGCGUGUUAUCAGGCCAUUGAGCAUUUUGACCGCCAGCAAAUGAAUUACUUGAGUGACAUCGAAAUUGUUGAUGGCAAGGAGUUUCAAACUUCCUAUUAUGAAUAUUCGGAUGCGUUGCCCAAGUACCAUAUUGAUCAAAUUGGCCAACUUGGAGAAGGUGUUAGCUUUACCUUCAGCGGCAAAGUCUCCGUUAAUUGCGAAAGAUUUUCUAUUAACUUUGUGUACAACAAUGAGACACGGGAUGUCGCUCUUCACAUAAAUCCUCGUCUUCCACAAAACUAUAUUGUACGCAACACGAAAGUCAACGAGGUUUGGGGCCGUGAAGAAGUUUCUUCAGCACUGCCAUUUUUGCUUAGCCGUGGUGAAAAAUUCACAAUUCAAGUGCUUAUCACGGACGCCUGUUACAUGAUAUCGAUAAAUGGUCAACAUUUUGCCGAGUAUCCCCACCGUCUGCCCUACGACGCUGUUGAAAUACUAGAGGUCAAAGGUGACGUCGAGGAUGUACAAAUGGAGCGUACCACAGUUCAGAGCUAUCCGAAACGUUUUCCCGAAUCUUCAGCGCGAGCUAUUGAUGUACAACUGGAUGCAGAAACGGAUGAGGUUGAUGCCAAUGUUAAGGAGACUGUCAAUAUACCACAUGAGUGGUGUUUAAUCAGCACUUCGGCUAAACUGUCAGACUCAGAAUCGCCAAAAAGCAAUCACAGUGCAGCUGAUCAGGGUCUAACACUACCAUAUUAUGGCGCUCUGAUGCCGGAAUCGUUAAGGGAAGGCCGAUGCAUCAAAAUUGAAGGCCGUGUACGUCUGUUGCCUCACUCGUUUUACAUCAAUUUGCAACAGGGCCAGAAUAUUUGGCCACAUCCAAUAAUUGCAUUCCAUUUCAAUCCACGUUUCUCGCAAACUAGCAGUGGGGCUAUUGGCAAAGCCGUAGUUUGCCGCAACGCUUGGUAUAAUGGUAGUUGGGCUAAAGAGGAACGCUCUGAGUUGGAUACAAAUCUUCGACCCGGCCGCACAUUUACCUUGGCAAUUGUAUGCACCAAAGAUUCUUUUGAAGUGUAUGUCAAUCGUCAGUUUAUUACCGAGUUUAAGUAUCACGUGAAGCCAGACAUGGUGGAUACGGUUUAUAUACAGGGCGAUGUAAAACUUUGGAAUGUCACCCUGGAACAUAAUCCAAUGAUUAGGGGCAGAAAUGUACGCAUCUAUCAUAAUCCUAUGUACGCAGAUGUGUUUUAGUUUCUUAAAUCUGCUAUAAGUCGAACAAAAUUUGUAACUUAUUAUUAUUGUGUUAUCCAAUUGCCUUAAGUGACAAUAAUAUAGUUCUAGAUUAACAUAUUUUCCUAUAAAGAACUUAUCCAAUUAUGUCCAAUGAUAGUAAUUAUGUCAGUGUCGUAAUCAUUAAUUAUAUAUUUGUAACCAUCGUAUAAUCACAUAAUUUGUGGGCUGUACGCAACUUAAUGUUAUAAAUUAAGCUUUUAGUUUUUGUUUAUUUUGAAAGUGCGCCAAAUCUAGCUUUAACUAAUAAAGCUUACGGGCUGCGAACAGUUGAGAGUGCUUAAA